GGCAGUGAGUGACUGUGCUGGGACCUUUGGAAACUCUGCUGGUGAAAGGCAGAGCCAGGCUGGCACUUCCCCUUUCUGCACAGUGGGGCUGAGGCGCUGGGGACAGACUAGUUGUCUCUAGAGAGCCUGAAGCAAGGAUGGAUCAAGAGACUGUGGGCAACAUUGUGCUCUUGGUCAUUGUCACCCUCAUCAGCGUGGUCCAGAACGCAUUCUUCGCCCACAAGGUGGAGCAUGAAAGCAAGACGCAGAACGGGAGGAGUUUCCAGAGGACGGGGACUCUGGCCUUUGAGCGGGUCUACACUGCCAACCAGAACUGCGUUGAUGCAUACCCCACUUUCCUCGUGGUACUCUGGACUGCGGGACUGCUUUGCAGCCAAGUUCCGGCUGCCUUCGCGGGACUGAUGUAUUUGCUUGUGAGGCAAAAGUACUUUGUCGGCUACCUGGGAGAAAGAACUCAGAGCACCCCUGGCUACAUAUUCGGCAAGCGGAUCAUCUUGUUCCUGUUUCUCAUGUCCCUUGCCGGAGUGCUCAACCAUUACCUCAUCUUCUUCUUCGGAAGUGACUUUGCGAGCUACAUAAGAACUGUAACCACGACCAUCUCCCCGCUGCUUCUCAUCCCCUGAUUGCUGGAUACGGAGUGGGGCGAUCACCUGAUCAAUAGUGAGGCACCAUAACUCAGCCCCGUGAAGGGUUCUGCUCCUCGGCUGUACAAUGCUGUAAAUCUAGUGCUGUUCUGGGCUCCUCAGCAUCAGUUAACCUUGCUUUUCCGGGAAGAAAAUUAUUUUGUGUCAGCUCCGCCCCUUGAACAUGGCAGUGGCCCAGGAUUUAUUGUCUCACUCCAUCCUGCACUACUCCUGGCUUAUCCUGCUCUCUGAAGGUGUCUUGUGUGACAAUAAAGGGCAUAGAUGCGAUUUUGGCGAUGGCUCAGUUUGGGGGUGGUAUUUCUGUAUUUGCUACGAGUAUUUCUUCAGCCUACAUGAUGAUAAUUAAAAUCAAAAUAUCCAUAUUAUGGACACUGAUGUCUUUAAGAGUCUUUUAUUGAUCAAGCAUCUUCCCCUACCUCAUAUUUGGAUUAGGUUGGCAUCUUAGGUCACUUGCAUCAUGCCCAACAUUUCACUAUGUCGUGCAGUUUAGAAUGCGCUGUAAGAAUUGAAAAUGAUGUCAGGCCCGUCAUAAGUGCCACUGAAUGUCAGUUGAACAAAUGAAUAAAUAAAUU